AUGUUUUUAGGUGAGAUCAUUAUGAUCGAACUAUUCACAAUUUUCGGUAAAGGUGGCAUUGUGCUAUGGUGUUUCCAGGAAGGAGGACAACUGUUCACUGAUUCAGUUAAUCAGCUGAUCAGAGAAGUUUUGAUGCAGGAACGUGGAAAUACGACAGUUUUCAAGCACGAUGAUUUAACUAUUAAAUAUAAAUUAGACAAUGAAUUCGAACUUGUUUUUAUUGUCAUUUAUCAGAGUGCUAUUCAGCUUGCUUAUACGGAUCAGCUUUUAUCGGAUGUUCACAAAAAAUUUCGGGACAUGUACAAAAAUGUCCUUUCUGAUAACAAGUCGCUUUUCUCAUCAACUACUCGUACGUAUAAGCAAUUCAAUGAUGUUUUCCAGCAACUAUAUCAUGAAGCUAAAAUUUUAUCAACUAAGCAACCCGACAAAGUAAUGCGGAAAUUUGAGGAAAGCGAGAAAUCUAAGAAAACAAUAGCUUCUAUAAUCGAACGCCCCAAUGAGAAGUCAGCGAAGCUCUUGAAGGAGAAAGAAGAGCAGCAGAAACGGUUAAAGCAGAAAAGCCAAGGAAAAGUUAUAUCUCCUAAAAUAAAUGGAUCGAAGUUAACGAACGGUUAUAAUGUUAGCAAGGUGAAGAAAGAAUUAUCUCAGCCAGAUAUUGCCCCUGAUUCGCCAAAAAGUGAUACUGAAAAAGAGGAAAUACAGCGUCGACGAGCGGAGUUUUUCAAGAAGAAGGGAACAAAGAAAUUUGGGACUGAAUCGGAAAAACAAAAUGUUGUCUCAGUUGAAUCAAAAAAAGGUAAACAGGCGCGUGUUUGGGAUCUUGUCGGAAACGGCAAGGCAGAUAUCGAUUCUUUGGAUUACAGCAAGGAAAAAAGAAAUAACAUUGUGGAAAUAACAAAGCAGGACGAUAGAAAGUUUGUGGAAGAACAAAUGCAAUUUGUUGGUCAUUUCAAAGGAGAGCUGCCAGGACUAAUCGAAGAGCAGAGUGAAAAUCUCGAGGUUGUUGAAGACGAAGAUGAUGAAAUGAAUGGAGAAAAAGGUCACGGUAGGUGGUUUUCGGCCUUCCGUUCACUUGUUGGGAAUAAAAAGUUGACGGUCGAAGAUAUCAAACCUGUGCUCGAUAAGAUGCGAGAAACUCUGAUUGCAAAAAAUGUUGCCGCGGAACCAGCGGAAAAACUUUGCCAAUCAGUAGAAGUGAAACUGGAAGGUAAAGUGGUGGGAACGUUCAGUCGUGUUGCAAGUAUUGUGAAGGAAUCCGUUCGUGAAGCUCUGGUGCAGUUGCUAACACCCAGACGACGCGUAGAUAUACUACGUGAUAUUUUUGAAGCAAAACGUGAGAAACGCCCAUACAUAAUUGUGUUUUGUGGUGUUAAUGGUGUGGGAAAAUCAACAAAUCUUGCAAAAAUUACUUUUUGGUUAAAUGAAAAUGGACAUAAAGUGCUGAUUGCGGCGGCUGAUACAUUUCGAGCAGGAGCUGUGGAACAACUGCGAACUCACACAAUGCAUCUUAAUGCUUUGCAUCCUAAUAGUGUUCAACUGUACGAACAAGGUUAUGGGAAGGAUCCGGCGGGACUUACUGCUGCUGCCAUUUCUAUAGCAAUGGAGCGUGGGACUGAUGUAGUAAUGGUUGACACAGCUGGUCGUAUGCAGGACAAUGAGCCACUCAUGCGUUCUCUGGCCAAGCUGAUUCAACUGAACAAGCCGGAUUUAGUACUGUUCGUGGGUGAAGCAUUGGUUGGAAAUGAAGCUGUCGAUCAACUGGUGAAAUUCAAUCAGGCAUUAGCAGACCAUGCUGCAUUAGGUGUUGAGGGCCGACUCAUCGAUGGUAUCGUAUUAACAAAAUUUGACACUGUCGAUGAUAAAGUUGGCGCUGCAAUUUCAAUGACAUACAUUACUGGACAACCGAUUGUAUUUGUUGGUACCGGACAAACCUAUAAAGAUUUGAAAAGUCUGGACAUUAAUACUGUUGUUCAUUCGUUGCUUAAAUAAAUUAAUUUAUCGAAAUAAUUUCAGUUGUGGGAUCUUUUUCAGUAACAUUGAGAAAUUGGUUGGUGGUAUUUUGUUCUCUGUAGUUGUUCCAACUAUUUUUGUCAAUCAUUUUUUUCACCGAUGCACAACGAUA